AUGACAGAGGACAACAACUCCUUGACCACUGAGUUCAUCCUCACAGGACUUACAGAUCAUCCAGACCUGAAGACCCUGAUGUUUGUGGUCUUCUCUGCUAUCUAUCUGAUCACCAUGGUGGGGAAUCUUGGUUUGGUAGCUUUGAUUUACAUGGAACAUCGUCUUCACACACCAAUGUACAUCUUUCUGGGAAAUCUAGCUCUCAUGGAUGCCUUCUGUUCCUGUUCUGUUACUCCCAAGAUGUUAGAGAACUUCUUUUCUGAGGACAGGAGGAUUUCCCUCUCUGAAUGUAUGGCACAAUUUUAUUUUCUCUGUCUUGCUGAAACUACAGACACUUUUCUUCUGGCAGCAAUGGCCUAUGACCGCUAUGUGGCCAUAUGCAGCCCAUUGCAGUACCACACCAGGAUGUCCAAGAAACUCUGCAUUCAGAUGAUCACAGGUGCCCACUUAGCUGGAAACCUGCAUCCCAUGAUUGAGGUUGGGUUAUUGUUUAGGUUAACUUUCUGUGGGUCAAAUCAGCUUAAUCAUUUUUACUGUGAUGUCCUUCCAUUGUAUAGAAUUUCCUGUGUGGACCCUUAUGUCAAUGAAAUGAUGGUAUUUAUCAUGGCAGGGUUCAUUCUAAUCUUUACUUUCAUCGUAGUCUUAAUAUCAUAUUUCUAUAUCCUUUUUACUAUAUUCACAAUGAAAUCCAAAGAGGGAAGAGGCAAAGCCUUAUCUACCUGUGCAUCCCAUUUUCUCUCUGUGUCAAUAUUCUAUUGUUUCCUAUUUUUCAUGUAUGUUCAACCAAGUUCAGUUAAUGAAGGGGAUAAAGAUAUACCUGUGGCAAUUUUUUAUACUAUAGUUAUUCCUUUAUUAAAUCCUUUUAUUUAUAGUCUAAGGAAUAAGGAAGUAAUAAAUGUUCUUCAAAGAAUAAUGAAGAAAAGAAAAUUUGUAACAUUUUGA